UGUUUGAACAGCGGUAAUUUCAAAAUGGCGGCUGCAGCACGUUGCCUUCGGUCUCUUUCGCGUUCGACUGCUUUGAAGCAUUUGUCGUCUUCCCUCGCUAAGAAUGUCUCACAGAGUUCCAGUAGAAGCGGAUCAUCGCCAUUACUGAAGUCAUUUCUUAGUAUUGAUAACGGAUUGCUGAAAGGAACAAGAACUGUUGGAAUGUCUACCAGCAUGAAUUUCAGCAAAAGAUUUGCACCAGUGUCCUUUGUCUGUAGCAUAGCCAAAGUUUGUCCUCUUUCAAUUGAUGCGGGCAAUGAUGGGAGUGAUGCUUUGGAUGGUAACCUUGGCGAUGAUGAUGGUGAUACUUGGUCUCAUAACAAUGACGAUGAACCCUAUUUAGAUGGCACAUGACACAGAUUCCAUUGGAGAUGACUGCCUGCCAACCACUUUUUUAUUUCAAUAAAUAAACAAGAACAUUAACAAAAUGCAGGAGUUUUGUUGUCCAAACUAAAUUGAAUUCUUGAACUGUGCAUAGUUGUGCAUAGAUCUCUUGUAUAAAAUGUAAUCACUGAUUCACUGAUAAACUGAAUAAUGUAAGACGUGAAAAUGGUAGUAUUUUAAACUGCUUUGUUCAUUCUUUUAAUUUAUGAAGGAAAAUCAUUGUGCUCAUCUUACAAAUUCAGAACCACCUCAUGUCUUGUGCUACUGCGAUUAUAAGAACUCUAACAUUUUAAAGUGGGAAUUUUUUAAGGUUUCGUUUGAUUUUAAUACUGUAAUCCUGCAUAAUCAUCUAAAUAAUGUACAGUACAUUCUCUCUCCUUGAAGUUGGGUUGUUCGUUGUAGACAUCUGCUGUGCAAUGUGAAAUCUUUGAGCAGAUUCUUCCCACAUAAGAAAAAAACCUUUAAGCCCUUGUAGAGGAGAGAGAGAUACACAUUAGCCUGGUAUGUCUGUGAUGUUAAUAAUUUUUUGGGGGUAAUGUUUGUUUUAAAAUAAGCUUGCUAGAGAUUUGUAUGUGUAAAGUGUCAUUCUUGUCGUCGCGCUGCUUGUAAUAUUUCACCUUAACAAACCAUUUUACAGAAAUUGCAAUGAAAGACCGAUAUUUUGAUGGUAAAAUAGAUAGUAAAAUACGUUUGGUACAAACAUGGAAGCCAUACUAUCCAUAAACCAUUAUGCUGGCAGUUGAUAACAGCAUGAAUUGAUCAGGCCACUGGGUAUGUCAGUAUAUUGCAUGUUGUCACAUUGUGUUGGUUGUUGCACUAAUUUUUUUGUAUCAAUUUAUUAUUAUAAAAGUGAUGGUCAAAAGGUUACUAUUUUUGAGUGACUUGGAUCGUUCUCCCUCCCCCCAAAGACUUGCUUCAUUACUGUAAAACAGUGAAAAGGGAGAUGUAUGUGUGUAUGUGUGUGUGUGUGUGUAUGGGAAGGGGGGGGAGUAACAUUGAAAAGGGAGUUGGGUAGGAGGUAGCAUUGAAAAGGGUGUUGGGUGGCAGAUGUGUUAUUUUUUAGCCAUUGCUCCAAUAUUGUUAAAAAGGGCAAUUGAUCAGGAAUGCCCCUGUCAAUGACACAAGAAAAAUAUAUCUGUCAUAAAUUAUACCAGAAACGUAGCUGUUCCAGUUCCCGUAGUUCACCUUAACCUCAAGUAACCCAAGCGUAAUAUAAGCAUUUGUUUAGAAGUUAGGGACUGUGUUUGAUUGAAUUCUCUGAAGAAAGAUUUAUAAUCAUUGAUUAGGUGUCAUUUCUUGCCAUCCUGUGGUCUUUAAACGGGAUUUGAGGGAAUUUUGGUAAUUUAUCGCAUGAUGUUCUUAUGAGUGACAAAGAAGAAGUCUUGCACAUUUAAUUUUAACACUACUAAAAACUAACUUGAAUAUUCACACCAAUGGCUGGUUUGCAGUGUCACGCCAUGAAAAGAAAAGAGAAAGCAUAACCAUUCAAUAAAUUAAGUCAAGAAGCUGGGAUGUGAAAGAUGAUUGAUAUGUAAACAACCUUGCCAAGAUUUAAGUCUGUGCGGUUUUUCAUUGGUGCGUAAUUCAGAAAAGUGUUUCACUCAAAUUUAUAGAGCUUUGUAUGGUCGUAAAGUAACUGAAACAUCUGGCAUUGAGCUUUACCUUUAAAACGAGAAGUUACUACUCUAGAGCUCCGACACAUUGAAAUUAAUACUUCUUCUAGAGCAAGAGCUGUUUAAUUAGCAAAAACUUGAGCAGAAACUCAUCUUUUGACCUAGUCAACAGCCUUAUUGGGCUUGGCGCCAUUUUAAUGUCACGCAACGCAUAAACUUGGAAUUCAAACGUGCUCUAUUACAUAAUAAGGAACCCUGUUGAGCUUAAACAUUGUGAAACAUCAAGUUAUCAGAGGGUCUUACAUCUGAUGAAACUAAAACUUCAGAUGGAUUGGUACUUUCUUAUUUUGGAAAAUGAUGAUGGCACAUGAAAACUGGCAAUAAAUAAAGUGAAAUUAACCUAAAUUCGUUCAAGUCUUGUGUUAAUACCCCAGGAUGACAAGAAAUGACACCAAACAAUGACUAGAAAUCGUAAUACGGUGAAUUACUCGUGCAUUCAUUGAUUUCAGUUUCAGUCCCAUACCCUUGUUCAUGUAUUCCGCUUGGGAAGCCUGUGCCUCAACCUGUGUAUGACGGAAACGGACGGGCGAGGCAGGUAAAGAUUGGAAACUAGUAUACUUCCAUCAUGGCGGACGAGGAUUGCUUCGAUGAAGAGCUUCUUUUCACUGAAUUUGAGGUGGAAAAAGCGAAGAAAAAGACCAUGAAAAAGGACGAUGAUUCUACUGGGGGAAAAUCAUCAAAGUCUUUGAAGGAAGAAAACUUACGUCUGAAAAAUGCGCUUAGAAGUUUAGUCAGUAUGUUUAAAGUGACUCAUGGACCUACGACCCAAGAUCCCGAUUUUGAACAAGAAAGGUAUUCGCCUCUUUUUCAAGCGAUUUAUUUCGAUAACAGGACGUCAAUCAGAAACAGGGAGAAGAUUGAAGAGUUUGUUCAAACUUUACAGCGGCGUGUUGACGACGUUAACGAGAGGGAGUCGUAUGGCAAAGAACAUUUUCCACCGUCCAUCUUCGACAUGAAUUAUGAGCUGGAAAGGUUAGCUGAGGAAGAGGGUCAUUUCGCACCGUUUUCUGUUGUCAGUUCUUUGCAGUACUACGAUGUAUAUUGCAUUGACUGCUGUGGGCUGCCUUUAAUUGAUUUCAACCCGACAAUCAGCGAUGGCUGGGUUAUUCCCAAAUACGAGCAGGUUUAUUUCUCUGUUUUGCACGGUGAAGAGACACUAAAGGUGAAAAUAAAACAAAGCCGAGCUUGUUUUAACUGUGGAGAGUGUGGCCAUGUUCUUCAAGACUGUCCUGCACCACAGGAUCUUGAAAAAAUUAAUGCAAACAGGAGAGAAUUCCAAAAUAAGUUUGCCUCGCCAGCGUAUUCAAAAUCUAGGUACCAUUGUGAUGACAAAUCAGUGCAACGCUUUUCAGAAUUUAAACCGGGGAUCAUAAGUGCAAAGCUGAGAGAAGCACUUGGGAUUGGUGAACAAGAUGUGCCUUUUUACAUUUAUAAAAUGCGAUACUUGGGGUAUCCCCCAGGAUAUUUACCAAAGGAGGCAAAACCAAGUUUGCUUCUGUAUGACGGGGAUGGGAACGUAAAUGAUUACAUUGAAGAGGAGGACAGUGAGGAUGGUGAUAACAUUCGCAAUUCUUUUAUUGAGUUUCCAGGAUUCAAUAUUCCCCUUCCAGAAGGUGUUAAAGAUAUAUCUGCUGCGAUAGGAAUGCCGCCAAUGCAGAGCCAUCAACAUAUAGACAAUUUAGCAGCUCACUACAGACAUGAGAGGGGAAUGCCAAAUACUUCUGGUCAAAAUAACAAGAAAAGAAAGAGAACAGAGCUGCAAAGGGAUGAACAGGACAUGGAAGUGGAAGAAGAAGGUGGAACAAGUGCCUUGUUAGAGUUGGGUUCAACAGAGUCACCUUUGAAGCUUGCACCUGCCAAGAGAACAAAGUAUGAUUUCAAAGAAGAAGUUGGUGCUCAAGAGGACAACACUGGUUACUCUCCCUCCCACCCUGGGGUUCAGUAUGGCUCAGAGGAACUGGAACUUCUCAAACGCUACAGGAAACACUCUGAGAGUAAGUCCAUGCCUCCCAUCUCCACACAACAACAACACACAGAACCAAACGGCUCAACCCAGAAUGGUGAGCCAAAGAAAAUAAUCAAGAGAACUACCAGAAAAAGUAUCGAAGAAGGUGAAGUGAUCUCUGAUGAUGAGAUAGAGGUUGAGUUGCAGGAAGAGGAAGAAGCUGAAGAUGAUUAUCCUGAGACUACGCUUGGAUGGUGGCUUAAAGAACCCCUAGAUCCUGUUUCCACCACACAGCCCAAGCUAUCACCGCCUCCCAAGCCGCUGGUACAGCUGCCUUUGGAGGCGCUCUCAAGGUUCUAUACCAAGAGCACUGUACUGCAAAAGAUGAGUUUUGAGGAUAGAGUUAUGUGGCUGGACCCCAUAUAUGGGAACCUUCAGCCAGUAUCUGGUCGGUAUGACAGACUUAGGAAACUUUUAGGGAACAAAUCUGCUAAAAAAUAGUCAAAUAGCAAUAUUGUGACAGGGAGAGAGAAGUGCAUUGCUAUGGUUAUCGUUUUCUUCCAGUCACAAUUGCAUUUCAGCCUUGUCAAUAUAAGCUUUACUCAGUAGUUUUUUAACUUUGUCCAUUUUUUAGGACACUUUAGAGUGAAAAUCUGUGAGAGGUCUUUAUUUUCAUAGCAAAUGAUUGUAGAAUCUAACAUUUUUAAACUCAUCUCCCUUGAACACAAUUCUUGAGAGAUGGAUAAACUGUAGUCUACAUUUUUUAUCACAGUUAGGAAGAUAAUCUUUUAGCCAAUAGUACAUUUAAUGUUCAGUUGAAUGACUGACUAUAGGGGGCCACGAGUUACAGGUUUUUGGGUGGAUCACAUUGUACAUAAAUGGUAUUUUUAUAUACAAGGUUAAUGUUAAAUAUGCAUUUGAAAGACAUAUUAAUGGUUUGUCGACACUUCAAUCUCAUUUUAAUGGUGAAGCAAGGUAUGUAUGGGCGGAAAUUCGCUAAGAGUUAGUUUUUAAUUUUUUCCACAGCUUUUAGUUCGAGGAAAUGUUUUCUUGUUCUGUAAUUAGCAGGGGUGAAGGGGCUUAUUCCAUAACUUUUAGUGUACAGAAAGUUCAACAUGGUUAACUAGUCGGGAUUUAGGUAAAAAUUGUCACUUGCUAUAUUUAAACGGAACAUUUUAAUACUUUUGUGCUUAGAUUCCACUCUUAUUAGUGAUCCAGCCCGUAGGAGACCUCGGUUAAAAAAAAUUUCGAUGUACAUAUCAGUCACACACAUACACACUAGUGAGGGCACACUGCACUCCACACCGCUCAGUUAUUAAAGAAAUUGAGACUUUGUUGA